AUGGCCUUCACCAACAAAUCCUCCUACAUCGCGCUCGGCUGCGAAGGCUCCGCCAACAAGCUCGGCAUCGGCGUCAUCCUGCACACGCCCACGGCCACCACCAUCCUCUCCAACCUGCGCCACACCUUUGUCUCGCCGCCCGGCACCGGCUUCCUGCCCAAGGACACGGCCGCGCACCACCGCGCCCACUUUGUGCGCCUCGCCCGCGAAGCCCUCGCCGAAGCCAACAUCAUGCCCGCCGAAGUCGACUGCGUAUGCUACACGCGCGGGCCGGGCAUGGGCGCGCCGCUCACCAGCGUCGCCGUGGCCGCGCGCACGCUUUCGCUGCUGUGGGACCGCCCGCUCGUCGGCGUCAACCACUGCGUGGGCCACAUCGAGAUGGGCCGCUACAUCACCGGCGCCGAGAACCCCGUCGUGCUCUACGUCUCUGGCGGCAACUCGCAAGUCAUCGCCUACGCCGAGCAGCGCUACCGCAUCUUCGGCGAGACUCUCGACAUCGCCGUGGGGAACUGCCUCGACCGCUUCGCCCGCACCCUCGAGAUCAGCAACGACCCAGCCCCCGGCUACAACAUCGAGCAGCUCGCCAAGAAAGGCUCCAAGUUACUCGACCUCCCAUACACAGUCAAGGGCAUGGACUGCUCUUUUUCAGGCAUCCUGGCCUCCGCGGACGGCCUCGCCGCACAGAUGAAGGCCGGCGCCGACUUCACACCCGCCGAUCUGUGUUUCUCCCUCCAGGAGACUGUCUUCGCCAUGCUUGUCGAGAUCACCGAGCGCGCAAUGGCCCACGUCGGCAGCUCACAGGUCCUCAUCGUCGGCGGUGUCGGCUGCAACGAGCGCUUACAGGAUAUGAUGGGACAUAUGGCCCGCGAGCGUGGCGGCUCCGUCUACGCCACCGACGAGCGCUUCUGCAUCGACAAUGGCAUCAUGAUUGCCCACGCCGGCUUGUUGGCCUACGAGACGGGGUUCCGCACGCCCUUCGAGGAGAGCACAUGUACGCAGCGCUUCAGGACUGAUGAGGUCUUUAUUAAGUGGAGAGACUGA